AUGAAGUCUGCUGUUGUUGCUACUGUCUUCACAUACCUCAUCGGUGCCCUGGCUGCGCCCGUCAGUUCAGAUGUCAACACCACUGCCGUCAAUGCUUCUGCGCUCCAUGCUGUCCUCAACGGAACGGUCACCGUCUCCAGCAAGGAUGCCAAGCUUGUCAACGGCCUUGUUGCCGCGCUUGCUAACCGCGAUGCCCCUACUGCUCGCAACUCCACUGCCAUUGCUCCGGCCGCUCCCUCUCCCGUCACUCCCCAGAUAUCAGUCGGUAGCGAGGCAGCCAAGAUCUUGGAAGAUGUCGACAAUGCCACCGGCGGUUUGAUCUUCCAGGCCAUAUCCCCUGAAGACAAGAAGAAGCUGGCGGACCUGCUCAAGAGUUCGCAUCCGGAACUUAUUCCGAUCAAGGUUGUCUUUGAUGAGGCCGAGGGCGCGACUCAAGCUACUGAGCAGAAGCUCACCUCUAUCUUGAAGGACAACGGCGUCACGGAAGCUGCCAUCAGGAAGAUGUAUGAUCAGGGUCUCCUUAGCGACCUGGUCCGCCUUUUGGGUGGACUUUUCAAGGACCUUCCUGUUGCCGGACCUCUGGCCAGCAGUGCUAUCGAAAAAGCAGGCAGCCCCGUCGGCGGUCUGACUAAGGACCCUCUCGGCGCUGUCGGAGGUAUGGGCAAGAAUCCCACAGGCACUGUUAGUAACCUUGUCGGCGAUCUCAUCGGAUCCGCCAAGGGCGCUGCUACUUCUACCGCUGCUGCCUCUGACUUGACCAAGGACCCUCUUGGCGCUGUCGGGGGCCUUCUUCGUGGUGUAACCGGAGCCACCAAGGUUGCUGCUGGUGCCACCGACUCUGUCUCUGACCUGACCAAAGACCCUCUGGGCGCUGUUGAAAAUCUUCUCGGCGAUGCUACCGCUGCUAACAACGGCGCAACAAGUGCUGCUCAGAGUGCUGCUGGUGCUUCCCCCACUGGUGCAGUGUCUGGUCUGCUCAAGGACCCUCUCGGCACUGUUGGCAAGACUGUUGGCGACAUUGGCAACACUGCCGUGGGCGCUACCGGAACUCUCGCCAACGCUGCCAAGUUGCCCGCCAAGCGCGAAGAGCAGCCUGUCAUCGAUACUGAGGGCCUUAGACUAGAGGUCCCCGGCAUCGAGCCCGUCCUUGCCGCCAUUUUGGAGGGCAUUAACGAUUCAGUGAAAGCGUCUUCUGGAAGUGCUCCCGCCGUUAGUGGCACCCCGAAGCCCGACGUUGGAGAUGCUCCUGCCGCCGGAGUUCUCACUAUGAGCGCUUGA